UCUCCAUAAGAGUGAAAAGUUUUUCUAUAUCCGUCCUGCGACUGGCUUGGCAACCAGUUUUGGGUGUACCCAGCCUCUUGCCCAUUGUUAGCUUAGAUAUGCUCCAGCACCCUCAUGAGGAUGAACCGUACAGAAAAUUAAUGACAAAAACAAAUAAAAAUAUUAGACCUAAUUCCAAAGUUGUUAUGAAUAAAAACAAUGCAAUGAUGAUGCAAAGUGCCAAAUGCCACUGUUUUAUUCAUAAUAGAACAUAUAUGACAGGUGAAAAGUUUAAACUGACAAGGGGAAAAUAUGUUGACUUUUAAUUCCAUGGUGUUAAUAAAUCUUUAAAAAGUUGGUAUAAGGUCAUUUUCACCCCGUGUGACGGAUCCCCUCUUUUUCCAACAGUUUGCAAACGUCUGGGAAUUGUACUUAGACGAGUUUAAAAAUAGGAACGCUGUUCCAUUCCUGUCUAAUUCAGGCCUCUAACUGUUCGAUUGUCUUGGCCCUUUGUCGCGCUUUUACAAAAAAAUAAAACAAAAAAACAUGAUCAUAUAAACAUUUGUUAAACUGCAGACGACGUUAACCCGCAGGUGUUCUACGCAGCGACUGCGAGACAUCUACACAAUGUUGAAUGCUCUGCUAGUGCGCUUGCGCACCAUACGCAUGCGCACAUCGGUUAAAAGCGGCGAGUACUCAUUAUUUUUUAAAUUACUUUUUCAUUGCUUGAAAAUUACUUUUUGCAUGUAUUUCCCUCUCAUACCGUAAACCAUUGUGUUUUUUAUGCUAGCUUUCAAGAAGUGUUGAUCAGUGGACCACACUACAUUUACGUAUUUUGGGAAGACAUUUUUAGUACGUUCUUCCUCUGCAUCUAAGGAAAAGAAGUUGGACGCGCACGGCAGAAUUUUGGGUGCCAAAUUCGCCUCGUAUUGACGUUUCGCCGAUGUAAGACAUUUUGGCUGAACACCGGAUCUGACGUCACGCGUCCUCCCCCACAACUGGUCCGUCAGAUAUAAAAGGUCUGAAACUGCAUAAACAAAACUUCCUCCCCCGCUAUCCCAUUUUACACAUUUACCUCAUCCACGAUGCUCCAAAUAAUUCCGUAAAGCAUAUGUUAGGUAAUGGAAGAUCUGUACUCCAAAAGCUAACCAAGUAGCUUGUUGGCUAAUGAACAUACCAACUACGGUGCGUCUUUCAAAACAGUCAGUUCUCCCGCUCAGCUGUAUCCUUUCCACGACCAGGCAUGACUAGCUACGCGGCCCAGGUCUUUAGCAAAGUGGAGAGAACAUGCUAUCAUCUCCCCGUAAUCUUCAACACCUUCCUGGUCUUCUCCAUCACUGGAGAGGUGAGCUACCUUGUGUUGAUCGAGGCUCCGCUGCAGGCGGAACUGAAGAGGACGGAGUGGUCUUCGCGAUGGAAAUCCCUGCACCUGCUGGCCCAAUACUUCAUGCUUUGCAACAUUUGCUGGAACGCCUUGCUUUUUGUCCGAACCAGCCCGAGCAUCAAGGGCGUGUUCCUGGGAGGGGAUGGUGUGGGACAGGGAUGGAGGUACUGCUAUGCGUGUGAAACACACACUCCUUCACGCUGCUCCCACUGCUACGAUUGCAAGGUGUGUGUGCUGCGACGGGACCACCACUGUGUGUUCUUUGGACAGUGUGUGGGCUUUCGUAACUAUCGUUACUUCCUGAGCUGCUUGCUGUUCAUGUGGUCAGGGCUCCUGUAUGCCACGCUGAUGAACGCUGAGGUCUUCAUCGUCAUACUGAAGGAGGGUGUGACGAUGCACAGCGUUCUGUUGCUGUUGGUACCCUGGAUCAUGCUGAUUUCAGGCCAGGUCUCGGCACGUGCCUUCACCUUUGCCUUUAUUGCCGACACGUGCGUUGUGGGCCUCCUGUUGGUUUCUGCCUUCUUCUUCUUCCAUCUCUUCCUACUUUUCCGGGGACAAACCACAAGGGAGUGGUACUCAUCUCGCCGCCCCUACAACCUGGGACUUCUGGGCAACUUGCGUCACACCCUUGGUAGUCGCUGGUACUUGUGUUGGCUCUGUCCACUUAUCCAGUCACCUUUACCUGGAGAUGGGAUACACUUCCAGGUGACAGGCUCACUGGAACCCACCCAAUAAUAAGUCCUGGGUUUAGUUCUGUUGAGCAAAAACAAUGAUUAAUAGCUUAUGUGAAGGCUGGACCUUUGAAUGUUCACUCAAAAGAAAAAUGUUUUCCUAGCAGGAAUACUCUGCACUGAAAGUUUGUAUGUAUUAUUGGUGGUAUUAUAAUGGUUGUAAAUUCUAAUUACCACCACCGUCAAUCACACAGUAUUUUUGCCGUUUCUUUUAGUCUUUAGAUGAUACCAUUAGUGAAAGUUAGAACAAGGAUGUCCCUUGCCAAGUACAUCUACCUAUCAUUUCAUAUUGCAUGACCUAUCUUGCCAGAGAAUGAUGAUUGCAGACCUGUGGCCCACAACAUUGACAUUAAUAGUGACCGAUUACCACCUAUUGCACCGAUUGCCUUAUUAAAUCACUUUUUCAUUACAUAGUACAGUGGUACCUGUACUUAUGAAUGUCUCUACAUACAGAGUUUUCGGGUUAAGACACGCCUCAACUUGAAAAUAUUGCCUCUUGAUUAAAAAUAAACAAAAAUCCAGUAUGGCUGGUACUCGCAGCCCCCAGAGUUUACUGAACGUAACAUACUAAUAGCUACUCAGCCAUUUGCUAUUGCCUAGCAUUGCUGGCAUCCAAUUGGCUGUUAGGACCUCUACUGCUCUACUGUAUGUGUAUGUAUGUAUCCUAACGUCCUCUUCAUUCGCCCCUCCUGUUCCGACAGCUUUACGUAAGUGUAUUAACUUUUUUUCUUUUUUUUUUUCUUCUUUUUUUUUAACAGUAUGCUCAACUCUGAUUUUAUGUUUAGUGUGCAAUUAUCUGAUUGUAACAUGUAUUUGUUGCAUAUUUUGAUGCAUUUUUAUUGAUUAUAAAAGAUUUAUGUCUGAAUUUUGAGGACCCUGGAACAGAUUAGGGCAUUUACAUAGAGAACCCAUCUCUAUACAAAAUUUUCAGGUUACGACAGUACUUCCAGAACCAAUUAAUCUCGUAAGUACAGGUACCACUGUACAUUUAUUUUAUUUUGUCUUCUGACUUCUAUUAUUGUAUCGUGAAAAAUGGUUUCACAAUACUGUAGGCUACUGUACAAGUGUUCUUCAUGUUGUAAUAAAAUAUUUGCUGAUUUCUUGGAUAUUUGCCCAUGCAAAUAAAUCGUGUCUAAUUGAUUUAAUUAUAAUCUGUUUGAACUUUUUUUAAAGUGUAGUUGUCAGUAAAGGCUUCUGCUCUCCAUUAGUUGUUUACAAUUUUAGUAUUAAAUUUAGGUACGCCAAAGGGG